AUGGUGACCCCCUGGCGCUUCUCCGUCAGGGUCUGCUUGUCGCACCUAAGGGGUUUUGAGCUCAGAAAAGAACUCGGCCUUUUAAGAUCAUCUGGGUGCUCUCGUAAUGCCAGACUCUGUUGGCUUCUGCUCGGUACUUUACCCAAACUUAUCUCAACCUAUGGGGACACUGGUGAGGGGGCCCCUGAGAGCGCAUGCCAGCGAAGAGCCAGCUGGAGUGACCUAGCUGAAAAUGGACCACUGGAGAGAGUCUCCCAAGAGGUGCGGCUCGGAGGCCUCUUUCUGCACCUCCGCAUCUGGCUGCGGGCUGGGGCUCUCUUGAUGAAAUUCUUCCCUCUCCUUCUCUUCUAUCCCCUCACCUACCUGGCUCCCAGCGUCUCCAGCCUCUGGCUCUACCUGCUUCUGAAAGCCACGGAGACUUCAGGCCCAACCUACAUCAAACUGGGCCAAUGGGCCAGCACCCGGCGUGAUCUCUUCUCAGAGGCUUUCUGUGCCCAGUUCUCCAAGCUGCAUGUCCGGGUGACGCCCCACCCUUGGACUCACACAGAACACUUCCUGCGGCAGGCGUUUGGGGAAGACUGGGGGAAGGUCCUCUGCUUUGAGAAGAAGGAACCUGUGGGUUCAGGCUGUGUGGCCCAAGUGUACAAAGCACGUGCCAAUCCUGCCUUCCUGGAGAAUGAUAGUGUCCGGAGACUUGCUAAGGCCUCCCGCCUGCAGCCUUCUUCGGAAGCUGGGGCAGUCGGGAGGCUGGGAGAUCUCUUUGGACCCCCGGAGAAGGGGUGGGGGUUUCAAGGAAGUCUUGCUGACCAGUCCUUUCUAGAAAGGCUGCUCCUCCCUGAAGCUGACCUGGUUGGAUCAAAUGCAGUCGUGUCUCAGUCUUUAGCACGUGCCCACCGACCUGAGCCAGAUCACCUCAUCCCUGUGGCCGUGAAAGUGCUGCACCCCGGCUUGCUGGCGCAAGUACAGAUGGACCUGCUGCUGAUGAAGAUGGGCAGCCGCGUCCUGGCGCUUUUGCCGGGAGUCAAGUGGCUUAGCUUGCCCGAGAUCGUGGAGGAAUUUGAGAAGCUCAUGGUCCAUCAGAUCGACCUGCGUUAUGAAGCUCGGAAUCUAGAACACUUCCAGUGCAACUUCCUGAAUGUGAAUUCUGUCAAAUUCCCCACCCCCCUGCGUCCCUUUGUCACCAGGGAUGUCUUGGUGGAGACUUACGAAGAGAGCGUGCCUGUGUCCAGUUACCAGCAGGCGGGGAUCCCCACUGACUUGAAGAAGAAGAUUGCCCGGCUGGGGAUCAACAUGCUGCUGAAGAUGAUAUUUGUGGACAACUUUGUCCAUGCAGACCUCCACCCGGGGAACAUCCUGGUCCAGGGCGCCGACGGUCCUUCCAAGAGUCGAGAGGCACCGCUGCAGCAGAUGGAUGUCUGCGACACGCUGGUGGUGGCCAUGACCCCUGCCCGCUGCCCGCUGCGCCUGGUGCUGCUGGAUGCCGGCAUCGUGGCGGAGCUGCAGGCCGCGGACCUGAGCAACUUCCGGGCCGUUUUCAUGGCUGUGGUGAUGGGGCAGGGCCAGAGAGUGGCCGAGCUCAUCCUGCAUCACGCCCGGGCCAGCGAGUGCAGGGACGUGGAGGCGUUCAAGGCUGAGAUGGCCACACUGGUGACCCAGGCCAGGAAGAACACCAUCACCCUGGAAAAGCUUCAAGUUUCCAGCCUUCUGUCGAAUGUCUUUAAGUUACUGAUGACUCACAAGGUAAAGCUUGAGAGCAACUUUGCCUCCAUUGUGUUUGCCAUCAUGGUGUUGGAGGGCCUUGGCCGCUCACUGGACCCCAAACUGGACAUCCUGGAGGCAGCAAAGCCCUUCCUUCUGAAAGGACCAGCGUUCCCCCGCUGACCGCAGCAGUGGGCGUGCAGUGGGCCUUCGUCUCAGGACUAAAGGCCACUUCUGACAGCCUCUCCUGUGGCAGCCUGAACAUUUUAAAAUUGGGAUGCAUGGAAGGCAUACCACAUUUUUUACCCUGACUUGGUUUCAGGCAUCUGUUUUAAAAGCUUUGGGUUACUUAGGGGAAGUAAAGGGAGGGAAGACUCCUAGCCAUUCAGUCAUGGAUGCUGGGCCUGGUGUUGGGGAUAAUAAUGUUCUGUGGAGGAGGACAAAUAAACUGAGUUAUUUUGUUUUCU